CGGCUUCGUGUCGCCGUCGGCACUCUCGGCGCUGGGUGACCGAGCGUUCGGUUGGCGCUCGGCUGGAGUUCGGGUGUCGUGGGGCCUAAGUCGCUGCUGGUGGGCAGGCGAAGUGUCAGUAACUGUUUAACCCGCGAGCGCACCAUAUUACUUUGCUCUAAAAAACAGCUCCAGAGCCCCACCAGAAUAAAAAAUAAAAAAGAGAACAACUACGCGCCUUAUGUUAAAUAUAUUUACUUUUUUUUUAAGUUUUGCCAUUGAAGCAAAAACACAAAAAAACCAAACCAAAAAAGAGAUUAGAACUUUUUUGGAUGAGUGAAGAACAAAGGGGAGUGCGGAGGAGGAGAGUAGUGCGUGAUAAGGGAUCUACCCGCCGCUAAUCACCCGCACACCCACACCCACACCCACCCAAAAGGGCGGUCCGAGAUCAAAGUGAGUCCGAGAUCAUCGAAGUGCUUUGAAUUUUGCCGUCGGUGACGAAUGCAUUUGCAUCUCCUGGUGGCAGCCGCGACGCCUCCAGCUGAUCAUACGGGUGGUGUGGUAGACGCCGCCACCGAGGCAACUCUGACCAGUGUUGCGAAUAGUGGGCCAAGUACCCAAUCCGAUCCCUAUCCGAGUAGCAUCAUCCCGGUUGGCAGCAUCCCGGCGGUUAAUUGGACGACCACCAGUGUGGCGCCCGUCAGCAUCGCCGGUCCCGGCCGCCUGGCUCGCAGCAUCAACGGCAGCAGCGGCGGCGGCAGCAUCAGCAGCAGCAACGGCAGCCAUCACCAUCAUCACCUGCACCAUCACUACGCCCCCUAUCACGCCGCCGCCUACCACCCGCAUCAUCCGUACUCGUACCACCACCCGCCGCCGGGCACCCCCACCCCCACGGCCGCAGCCGCAACGGCAGCCGGUGACAUCGCCACUGCCCAUCCGCCGCCCGCCUCGCAUCCGCCCGUUAUGGUCACCUCGUCGUCCGCCUCGCCCACCGGAAACGGCUGGACCAGCACAGGGGAUUUCAAGGGUCUGACUGCCGUGCCCGCCGUGGUGGCCGCCACGGGCGCCAGUGGUGGCAAUUCCGCCGGUGGCACCACCGCCAAAGUCCUGGCCAUUUCCAGUAGCGCCAGCGUGGGCAGCAGCUCGCCAACAGGUGGCGCCAGCAAUGGCACUGCCCAUAGUGGACACAGUGGCAGUACAACUAGCAACAGUGGCAACAACAACAACAAUAACUCCAAUAGCAACAACAACUCGAACAGCAACAACAACAACAAUGCCCUGCACCAGGACCUGAAGUGGAUGGAGAGGCUGGUGAUGAAGCGACAGCAGGAGCAUCCGGGGGAACUGGUGCGCACGAGCAAUCCUUACUUCUUGUGCUCCGCCCUGCCCUCCCAUUGGCGCUCCAACAAGACGCUCCCGCUGGCCUUCAAGGUCGUCGCUCUGGCGGAAGUGGGCGAUGGCACCUAUGUCACGAUCCGGGCCGGGAACGACGAGAACUGCUGCGCCGAACUCCGCAACUGUACCGCCCAGAUGAAGAACGACGUGGCCAAGUUCAAUGACCUCCGGUUCGUGGGCAGAAGCGGCAGAGGGAAGAGCUUCACGCUGACCAUCACUGUGGCGACCAGUCCGCCCCAGGUGGCAACUUACGCCAAAGCCAUCAAGGUGACCGUCGAUGGACCCCGGGAGCCCCGCUCCAAGACAAGUCCUACGGGUGGCCCCCACUACCGUGCCCUGGGCCUGGGCCAGCGUCCCUACAUCGACGGCUUCCCCAAGUCGCUCCACGAGCUGGAGGCACUGCGUCGCACCACCAAAGCGGUAACCACGGCGGCCGCGGCAGCAGCUACAGCGGCAACAGCCGCUACUGCGGUGGCGGCGGCCGCAGCAGCCGUGGCGGUCAGUCCCGCUGGCGGAGGCGGUGGUGGCACAGUAGGCGUGGUCGGGGGAUCGGGAGCUGGUCUGGUGCAACAAUUGAACAGCAAUUACUCAUCGCCGAAUAGUACAAUCAACUCGGAUUGCCAGGUUUAUAAACCGAAUGCGCCGCAUAUUCAAGAAACCGACCUGAUGGGAGCCGGCGAAUGGACAGGAUCGACCAGCACUGCGGCGGCCUACUACCACAGCCAUGCCCACCACCACCCACACGCCCAUCAUCCGCACGCUCAUCCCCACGCCCACCUGCACCAACACCAGAUGGCGCUGCCACCGCCCCCGCCACCCCCGGCGGCCGCUCCUGUCUCGGUGACGGGAAAUGGCGCCACCAUGGGUGUGGGCAUGGGUAUGGGUGUCGGAGUCGGGAUGGGCAUGGGAGCCAUGAAUCCCUACGGCGGCUAUGACGCCACCAACUCCCUGGAGGCCGGGAACUACGCGGCUCACCUGCCGGCCGUCCUCCCAGAGAUGCACGGACAUGGCUUCGCCACGGAUCCGUAUCAGACGGCGGGCUAUGCCACCGGGACGGGUGGCGUGGCCACGGGAGGCGGCGGCAACGCGGUCGGCAAUGCCGGUGGCUCCAAAUCGGAACUGGACUACGGAGGAGGCUACAACCAGGCGUGGUCGAACGGAUAUCAGAACUACCAGUACGGCAGUUGCUCCGCCACGUCACAGUACGGACCGCAGACGGCGGCGGCGCCACCACCACCUCCCCCGCCCCCCGUGGUGCUCUAUCCGCAACUCUACUCGACCGUCAACCAGAACCAGAUCCACCUGCACCUGCACAGCAGCGAGAAGCUGGAACAGUACCUGGGCACGGCCGCCGGCGGAGGGGAGCAGUUGACGAUUAGCUCCCUCACCGGGAGCAGCAGAUCCAGCAUAGAAAUCGCCCAGGAUCCGUACCAGCAUCACCAGCAGCAGCAGCAUCAUCAGCAUCCGCAUCCCCAGCAGACGGAGCAACAGGUAGUGCCCGGAGGAGGAGGGACUGGUGGUGGCGGUGGCGGUAGCGGCGAUGUGGUGGAGUCUCCCCGGGAGGAGGACGUGGGCGAUCUCACCCCGGUGUGGCGACCCUAUUGACCCAACCGGAUAACCCGCACCAUACCACCGCACUACCCACAUCCGCACACCCACCCCCACCCACAACUGCAUCCGCACCCACAUCCGCAAC